AUGGGGGAAGGUUGCGGCACCGAGGCGACUGCCCAGUGUCUGCCGCAUCGGGAUGUAGAAGCGCUGAAGAGAAAGUUCCUGCUUCUCAAGAAUGCUCAGAAACCAACCGGCCAUCCCGACUGCCCCCCCCCGACGUCCUGCAUGCAAAACUCGGCCACGCUGCCCUCACAACUACCAACUCAACUGGAUGAUCAACACGUUGAGGUCAGUCGAACGGUUUUGCAACCCUCCGAGCUUCAAGUGCUGAGCGACAAGCUCAAACGUAAACAGUCUGAUACCGGUGGUUUACUGUCGUAUAUGGCAAAAAAGAGACGCUCAAUUGACAAGUACAUUGAACGAGCGUCGGAAUCCGAUGCGAAUGCGUCGUUCGACAUGAUGAAGUUCCUUAUGGUUAUGAGCGAGCGGGAUGCCAAGCGUGAAGACAUGAGGUACGAGCGACAGGAAAAGACCGACAGGUUGCGUGAAGAGCAGGUAGAAAAGGCCGACAGGGAUCGGGAAGCCCGCGAAGCUCUCCGCGACGAAUUGUAG